AUGGCGUAUGUGCCGCCAAAUACACAGAACACAUUGUGGCUGUGCUCUCUCGCAUUUACUGCUCGGUUCGUGGCGCCCAUAGUUCAAGCUCCGUUUGGCAUGGAAAUAUCAGUCGAGUUCGGCACCUGUGCCGUUGGGCAAGAACCGCACAUCAAACGCACUGGACACCGGGCAUCUGCGUGGCGCGCAAUCGUUGCUCUCAAGCACCAAGACGACCACAAGCGGGCACCGUUGCAAAGCUCGCGCCCGAGCUGCCCGCGCUUAAUGCAAGACAGGUCGAGGUUGUUGUCAUCCUCAUCUGGCCUCCCUCAUCCACGACUUGCUGGGUUCAAGCCUGAACACUGCCUGCGUCGAUAG